UAGCGGGGGCAGGCGCGGCUGCGGAGGCGGCCCCGGCCCGGCGGCUGGGAUGGAGCAGAAACGCGCCGGGUGCGCGAGCACACGCAGCUGACAGAGCCGCCCCGCGUUCGCCCGGCUUCCCCGCCAGCCGCCGCAGCAGCCCGGGCCGCCCAGGCUGAGCGCGCAGAGCCGCCCGCGCCUCCCGGCGCCCGCCGCAGCCAGCCGGGCGGAAAAGGAAGCGUCCGCGCCCGGAGCGCUCGGUCAUCCCCGGAGCUCGGCGCCCAACACCAGGGUACCAUGGUCUGCAAGACUCUCUUCGCUCUCUGCAUCUUCACGGCAGGGUUAAGGAUACAGAGCCUGCCUACAUCUGCCCCCUUGCCUGUUUCUCUUCAGGCAAAAAUUAUCUCAUCGAGGGGCAUCUGGACAAACUCUCCGCAAAGCCCCCCUGCCUCCCCGACCACUGACACAGCCAGCGACUCCGUCUUCCCAAUUACGGCCUCCACUCCAACACCUAUCGUCCCCAAGAACAUUUCCGUGGAGCCCAGAGAAGAGAACACCAGCCUCCCAGCCACUCACUGGGAACGCAAGAACACAGACGCCUCACCAACAAGCGGUGGGGUGACCCUAACACCCACGCCCUCGGAACACAGCUCAGGCACUCCCAAGGCAAGCGUGCCACCUACAGAGUCGCAGCCCCCCACCGAGACCCCGGCUGAGACCCCGGCUGAGACCCCGGCUGAGUCUCCCUCCGAGUCUCCUGCACUCACCUCCCCUCAGGCUCCAGCCUCAUCACCCCCACCCCUAUCAACCUCACCCCCGGAGAUUUCUUCUGCCUCCUCUGCCAGCACCAACCACAGCUCUGCUGAGACCAGCACCAAGCCCACAGGGGCCCCAACCACCCCAGAGUCCCCAACGGAGGAGCACAGCUCUGAGCGCACACCCACGUCACAUGCCACAGUGGAGCCUGUGCCCACGGACACAACGCCCCAAGCGACAGUGCCAGCCAAAGUGACCUGUAUGCUGAUAGACAUCGAGACCACCGCCUCCCCUGGGGUGAUCAUGCAGGAAGUGGAGCAUGCGCUAAGUUCAGGCAGCAUCGCCGCCAUUACAGUGACCGUCAUCGCCGUCGUACUGUUGGUGUUUGGAGUCGCAGCGUAUCUGAAGAUCAGGCAUUCCUCCUACGGAAGGCUUUUGGACGAUCACGACUACGGCUCCUGGGGAAACUACAACAACCCUCUGUACGACGACUCCUAACGAAGGAACGCGGCUGGGAUGAAGAGACUGUUCUUUAUUUAUAAGUGCUUUCCCAGUAGAGUUAACACAAGUACCUGAUGCGCAUCGAGCGACAAUCUUAAGCCCUUGUUUUGUUGGUUGGAUUGUUUUGUUUUCCUGCCCCCUCCUCUGGCUGCUGUAACUUGCCCUUUCUGGUACAAAAAGAAUCAUUGUUGAAAGGUGAGUGGAGGCUUAUUUGCCACUGAACUGGGCCAACCUGGAGCGGGAGCCGCGGGCCAGACCACCACGGUGGAGGCUCCUGUACCCACCACAGGAGCCACGGAGGAGGGACUGAGGCCAGGCAUUGAGUUGGUUUGUGUGUGUGGGGGGGGGGGUUGGUUUACUGGGAGGGGAGGGACUUUUUGUUUGUGGUAUUUCUUAAACUUUUAGUUAGGAAAUUAAAUCUCAUGAAGAGGCAAGGAAAUGAGUCCCGGGAGGAUUUCACCCUGCAGGUGAGGAAGCAGGGACUGCUGGGGUUCCCUUUUAAUCUCUGUUUUACCCAGGUGUAUCUGACAGGUGCCUGCUCGGCUCUACAAGCUGGAUCCCAGCUUCUUAACUGCCCAGUUAAUGGAAGAGGAAACUAGAAGGUGCCCUGGAGGCGGCCAGCAAGCCGAGGGACCGAGGGGCCACGUUGGUGUCAGAGCUCAGCGUGCCCUCUACCUUGUUCUCUCCCCCCAGGCCACCCACGUCUGCUAAGGAUGUUCUUUCUAGUCAGCUGUGGCUGGGCCCCCGGGCUCUCCACGGAGACAGCUGUGAGAUGAGUUAUCCAAGAGAAAGGGGGAGCAUGUGUGCGUGAGUGGGCGAGCGGUGGGGCAGUAGGGCAGCCUGGGAGCAGACAGGCACUGAAUGCCGCGUUAGGGAAACUCAGAAUCUGCCCUCAGUAACUAACAGAGUCGCCCACUGCUGGAGGAGCCUCUGGAAUCCUUGCUUCAUACCCACAAAACAGCUGGCUCACUGCCUCCCUGUCUGUCGGCUAAUGGCUCUAAACUUUUUUUUUUUUAAGUGUCAAGGCAUUAGUCUACCUGCAGUUGUUCAGGGAGGCGAUUCCAUAGGAAGCAGACACCAUGAUUAAUCCAUGUGUUCCUCCCCUACACUUACCUCACUAAUUCUGCCCUUUAGUUAAUGAGCACUCUUGGGUAUACGGUCUCAAAAUCCUACCACUCGAAUUUUGAAAAAGAAUAGACCGUGUUUGCGGACAUCCACUUACUGCAGUGGUUCUCAACUGGCAGACAAUUUUGUUUCCCCCCGGAAACACUUAAAAAUGUCUCGUGACAUUUUUGAGUGUCACGACUUGGGGGUGUCCCCAGUAGGGAGAGGCCACGGAGGCGCUAAACAUCCUUUGGUGCACAGGCUAGCCCACCACAACAAGGAAUCCUCUGGCCCAAAACGUCAACAGUGCUGAGUUUGAGAAACCCUGAUUUACUGAGAUGCCCAUUGUAACAAGACACUGUUAGCUAAUGCCAGAUUAGCAUUACUUUCUUAGUUUUAACUAAAUGAAAUGGCUUGUUAAAUUGUUAU